AUGUUCAAGCUCGGACGCAGCCGGUUGGCUUCUGCCAUCCAAACUUCCUCAAAGGUCGCCGCUCCCAGAUACCCGGGCCUUGCCCAGCAACAAAGGAGAAACCUCAGCAUUCACGAGUACCUCUCCGCCGACCUUCUGCGCCAGUAUGGAGUCGGUGUCCCCAAGGGAUCCAACGCGAAGACCGCCGCCGAGGCCAAGGCCAUCGCAAAGGAGAUUGGUGGUGAGGAUAUGGUCAUCAAGGCCCAGGUCCUCGCCGGUGGACGUGGAAAGGGUACCUUCGACAACGGCCUCAAGGGCGGUGUUCGCGUCAUCUACUCCCCCACCGAGGCCGAGAUGUUCGCCGAGCAGAUGAUUGGCCACAAGCUCAUCACCAAGCAGACCGGCGCCGGCGGCAAGCUCUGCAGCUCCGUCUACAUUUGCGAGCGCAAGUUCGCCCGCCGCGAGUUCUACCUCGCCAUCCUGAUGGACCGCGCCUCCCAGGCCCCCGUCAUCGUCUCCUCCUCCCAGGGCGGUAUGGACAUCGAGACCGUCGCCAAGGAGAACCCCGACGCCAUCAUCACCACCAACAUUGACAUCAACAAGGGUGUCACCGACGAGAUCGCCCGCGACAUCGCCGUUAAGCUCGGCUUCAGCGAGCAGUGCAUCGAGGACGCCAAGGACACCAUCCAGAAGCUCUACAAGAUCUUCCUCGAGAAGGACGCUACCCAGAUCGAGAUCAACCCCCUCUCCGAGACCUCUGACCACAAGGUCCUCUGCAUGGACGCCAAGUUCGGCUUCGACGACAACGCCGACUACCGCCAGAAGGAGGUCUUCGCUCUCCGCGACACCACCCAGGAGGACGCCGACGAGGUCCGCGCCGCCGAGUCCGGCCUCAACUUCAUCAAGCUCGACGGUGACAUUGGCUGCCUCGUCAACGGCGCCGGUCUGGCCAUGGCCACCAUGGACAUCAUCAAGCUCAACAAGGGUACCCCCGCCAACUUCCUCGACGUCGGUGGUGGUGCCACCCCCGCCGCCAUCAAGGAGGCCUUUGAGCUCAUCACGAGCGACCCCAAGGUCUCUGCCAUCUUUGUCAACAUCUUCGGUGGUAUCGUUCGCUGCGAUCUCAUCGCCAAGGGUCUCAUCAACGCCUCCAAGGAGCUCAACCUCAAGAUCCCCAUCAUUGCCCGUCUCCAGGGUACCAACGUCGAGGCCGCCCAUGAGAUCAUCAACAACUCUGGCAUGAAGAUCUUCUCCAUCGACGACCUCCAGACCGCCGCCGAGAAGGCUGUGCAACUGUCCAAGGUUGUCAAGAUGGCCCGUGACAUUGAUGUCGGCGUCGAGUUCUCCUUGGGUAUCUAA